AUGGUCGUAAUUGGACGCCAUCGUGCUUAUAAACUCGAGUCGAUCGCCAAUUCUCAUCCAUUAUUCAAAAUUUUUCAAGAAAAUUUUGGCGUCCAUCCGAACAAUGAGCACCGAUUUUGCGUCUACCAGCUGAAUCGGCGCGAUAAGCUGCCGACGCCGAGUUUUUCGAGGGAAACUUUCUGGAUUUGGCUGGCACCGCCGACACUCGAAGCUCGCAAAACGCUCAUCAAUGGACUCGACGCGAACAAAACCUACAAAACGUCGCCGAUUCCGCAUCAAAUUUUCGACGAAUGCGCGGCGAGACCACGACAGCCGACCGACGGCGUUCCAUUGGCUACGGGCGGAUCGGCGACGCCAAAUAAUUUUAUGAACGCCUUCUAUGACGAGUACGAAAUUCGCGGUGGAAAUCUCAAAAUCUCAUAUGUGGUUCGCUUCAUUGACGCUCCAACAACGCGAAAGUUGCCAUUGGCUCCCACAACGAAAUUUUCGGGACCACCGCGUUCCUGGAUUAAAGCGAUUGGCAAUGGAUAUCGAUUAGCUGCAGUGAGGCCCGAAAUUGAAAACGAGAUCAGCAGAUGCUUGGCAACCAAAGGACCGUUUCACAAUUUCAGUUUGAAGAUGGUUAGCGCUCGAAAAAUGAUUUAUGAUAAUGAUGGAAUGGCGCUCGAGCGAGUUGCGAAUAUCGAUGAAAGAAUCCUGUUGUGGCACGGCACGCCGAACUCGCGAGUGGAAUCGAUUCUCAACGAAGGCCUUCAGAUUCAGAAUCGACGAGAGCGGCUCCAAUUUGGCAAUGGUGUCUAUUUCGCGAAUUUGGCGGCGAAAGCGGCGAGAUUCAGCUCGCGCGGGUCUCCCACGCAGAGCUUGGUGUUGCUCCUGUGCGAGGUCGAUGUUCGCCAAGCGGUGAGCUUGACCAAGACCGACUAUGAAGCUCAUGAGAAGUGUAAGAAGGUUGCCAAGGUUUCAGGAAUCUACUCGCCGAUUCAAACAACGAUUAUCGAAAAUGUUCAUUGCUAUCGUGAUGGAAUUAUUGUGAAGAAUCAAGGAUGCCUCAAUUAUGACGAGUUUGUCGUUUUCGAUCCAAAUUUGAUUCGAAUUCGAUAUGUUGUCGAAUUUCAAAUCGUCAAAUAA